CUCAAGCUGCACUUUUUGCCGGCAACGAUACAAGGCACCCGCUUGAGUGACGUGAAGCAGCGACCGACCGUCGAAGCUUGUAGACAGCCGGGAGGGUGGAAAACUGACAAGUCCAGAGGUGUCAAGAAGCGCGGGCAAGCGACCGCGCAAACAGCAACUCCAUAGCGACGCGCGAACACGGACACGCCUACAGAAACAAACGACAACACAGGCAGACAGAGAGAGAGAGAGAGAGAGAGAGAGAGAGAGAGAGAGAGAGAGAGAGAGAGAGAGAGAGUCACAGUCGGCUAGUAUGGCGAACGGCAACGCGAUUGGCAAAUUGUCCUCCUUGGGGAUAACCGGCGACAAUCUGAUCAUUGCAUUUGACUUCGCUAUGGAUAACCUGACGGGUGGGGCAUCGUCUUUCGGCGGCGACUGUCUUCACGACGUUAGUAAGGGGUUUCCCAAUCAGUACAUGUUCUCUGCCGCCAUAGUAGGACACGCCAUGUCCAAUCUUUGCGGCGGCAAGGCGGGACGUCCUGUUUUCUUGGGGUUUGGCGCUGCUGAUAGGGAUGUUUUCAGUCUCGGUACCGCGAACGAGCACUUGCGAUACGAGAUGCGCGCGGGGCUGCGGCGGUACAAGCAGAUCGCACCUCAUGUUCGGCUUGGAGCUUCGUCUUCGUACGUUGCACCGAUCGAGGCAGCCAUCGAAGUUGCCGAGAAGGACGGUUUCCAUCUCUUGGUGAUUAUCACGUGCGGCCGGCGCAACGAUAUGCGGGCGACCGCGAGCGCGCUGGAGCGAGCAAGCAAGCACCCCCUGUCCAUCGUUUUCGUCGGCGUGGGGGACGGACCGUGGACUUUCUUCCGUGACUUCAGGAUGUGUUUGGCGGAAAACGACAGGGCGGAGUCCAGGAUGGCAUUGACCAAUACUUCUUUCAUCAGCUUCAGGGACAUGUCGGCCAUGCCUCGAGUCCGGGCGAAGAAGGAUGUGCUCGUCUCACCUGGCUGCCUGCGUGAGCUUCCUGACCAGUACGAUGACAUGGCGCGAAGGGGGUUAAUCACCGCGCAUCGCGCCGGGUGCAGAUGUGCACAACGUAGAAGCCAUAGAAUCCUUCUCCCGCCAAUUGACGUAUUUUGGGCAGAAGCGGCGGGGAGGUUAGUGUGUCGCGAGCCUGUGAUGGAGUAUGGACCUUACGCGUAGACGCAUGCAGGGUCUUGCGGCGGAGAGAGACCCAGGUGCGUGCGGGAGGUGCGGCGGCGGCCAGGGGCUAUCUAGUGACGUAGCGCACGCACGCGCUUUUUGCCAGGGAAGCGCGGGCGAUGCCCCGGGUGCGGUUGUCUUUUUUAAUUGAUUGCUUUUCCAACUCAUGUACAGAGAAAGGUCGUAUAUUGUGACGAGCGGGCAUGGUAUCUCUUGUUGCCUCUCGUCACUAUCAUGGUCCUGUGUUGCCCCGGGGGGCAAGUCCCACUUUCGCCAAUUUUUUCAUUUCUGGCCGUUGCUCUACAAGAUCUGCGGCCAGAAAUCGAGGAAUUCUUUUUGAGUCGGACAUCGUCCCCGAAAUAAAGGGAAAUUCAGCUGGUAGUAAUAGUCUGAGCGUCGGGGAGAUAGUACUAUCAGCCCCUAGAAGAGACUGUAAAUAGAUAUUACUUAAGUAACGGGCAUGAAAAUAGUGGUACGGACGUCUUCAGAAGACGCAGCAGAAAGGAUUCGAAGCACCAAAAAAAAAAAAAAAAACUUCAAAAAAGAAUGGCAAGACCGGGCCCUACAACGGUUGAGUAGGCUGUGCGGAGGUGUUCGGCUUCUCGAUCUCUCCGAGAAAAGAAGGAGCCUUUCUGAACGAUAUGUACAUAUGUAAAUACGUAACCAUGUCAGUUUGAAAGGGUUUUUUUUCCUUCAAGGUUUUUUUUUUUUUUUUUUUUUUUUUUUGUGACGAAGCGGAAUUCCUCUUUAUUGCGGGAGGAGGCGAAAAUUAAGACCAUACUUACACAUCGACUUCAGCUUCUUCAACAUAAUCUGGAUAUACUUACUUACGGUCAGAUGCAUCUAAGAAAAGUCGUAGUGUGAGUGUAUCCCUAAGAACAACGGGACGUAGAUUGACAGCUUCCCCUUCUUUCUUUCUUUCUUUCUUUCUUUUUUUUUUUUUCUUUUUUUUCAAGUUAAACGAUGUUAGGUCUCGUGACCGCAGUCUCUUCGACGCUAAUUAACUCGUCACAACGAGCGAUCAUAUCUCAUCGACCAGGAUUUUCGGCGAACUGAGCGAGAUGAUCGGAGGCGUUUCUCAAAUUUCACAAACGGCUGCAACAUAUGUCAGAGUUGCUUUUAGCUACUGCUACCUCUGCUAACGGGGCAGAGCAAGUUGAACGGAGAGGCUCCGCAUCUGGGCUGAUUACCGCCGCGGCGCAAUUGCCAUUGUGUGGGAGAAAACAUACCUGCAGGUUAUGGGCACAGCCAGGUGCCUCAGCAGUGUCGGCAAGCUGGUUUUUUUUUUUUUUUUUUUUUUUUCCAAUUGUGGCGGUGAUGAUCUUCAAAAUUUUUCGGCGGUCGGCGGGAAGAUGAAACUUCUCAAGUUCUCAUUUGAAUAAGCCGCCACGUGGCAGGCCUGUUAAGUCUGUGCUCAGUGAUUCAGAGUCGUUCUAGGUCGGACUUCUCAAUAAACGUUUUUCCCGGCG